CUCUCCUGCACCCAGGCGGUGGGCAGCCGCGGCCAAGCCCCCGAAGAAGCCGCUGCGGCCCUCGCGGCUCGACCCGCCGUUUCUCGACGAUCCGACGUUCAAGCACCCUGACGAACAAAACCAGAAGGAGGUCGAUUGGCUGAUGAAGCAUGGCGGAGGAACGGUUGAAAACUUGCCGUCGCUGCCCGUGGAGUACGAGUGGAUCAAGGACGCGAACGAGAGCGGGGACGCCUGGAUCGCUGUCAGAAAGAAGAUGCCCAAGGCGACAAUCGACGCCAUCAGACAGGCCACCGUCAAGCUCCAGGAUGCGCUGUACACCCGCCAGCCAGACGUGAUUCGUGACCAUGUCAAGCUGGCCAUCGAGCUGAACAGGGCCGGGGAGGGCCCCAGCAACAAGGCCAUCCACCAGGCGGAGGAGUACGCCGGGAAGCUCGAGGAGCACGAGAAGGAGAGGGCCGCGGAGCGCGAGCGCGAGGAGAACGAGCUCAAGGAGGAGCUGGAGGACCGCGUGGGGCGGGAGGCCGUGCCACGGCGAGAGCUCGUGUGCGCCCUCGGGUUGGGAGAGGCGCCCAAGCAGCAGCCGGCGGCGCGCGUUGCGGCGCCUGCGCUUGGCAACGCGCAGGACGGGCAGUGGCAGCCUCAGGCGGACAGGCUGUGGUCGCCACGAGCGGACGAGCAGAAGCAGCCGAAUGGGGUCGUGCCUUGUGCGCGCGAGAAGAGUGGGCAGUGGCAGCUCCGCGAAGGGCAGCGGCAGCCGUCUGCGGACGCUGCCGGCUCGUGCGAGAAGGGCGCUGCGAGGGCAGUGGCAGUCUCCGUGCGAGAAGGGGCGCGCGCCCGAGACGGCGCGGAUGGGCAGUGGCCGCCGUGUGAGGGCAUGGUGGCUGCCUGUGCGAAACAGGCCGCCGCCUGUGUGGCAGGCCCGCGCGAGUCGCGGUGCCCACAGGCGACUGGCUCCAACAUGAUGAGCAAGACCCCUCAAGCACUCACUACCGAUACUUUCCGGGAUAUUUUGAACGAGCAGUUGGACCCGAUCCGGAAAGAUAUUUUGGCCAUUAAGGAGCACGGUGUUUCACAACAUGACCUCCAGGCGGCCAUCAACCCACUGAAGGACGAGAUUGACGGCUUGACCAAGAGGAUUGGCUUAUUGGAGUCCCACUUCUGCAAGGACAGCGUCAAGUAUAGACACGGCGGCGCACAAUAA